UCUCAUUCGCGAAACACUGAUCGGACACAGAUUAAAGAUGUUGAGUUUUCAGUUCUUUUGCUCGCUCCUAGCAGUUUUUGUCAUGGUAUUUGGUUCCAAAGGUCGAGCCUCCGACGCAGAUCUAGCAUUGUCCGCGCAACUGUUCCAGGUUAUCGAGUUCUACAAACAGGCUGAUCCGGUAGGGCUUCCGCUGGGAUCGAUUCCCGAUCCGAUGUCUAUAGCAAGGAUUCAAAAAACGUUCGGCCUGGAUACCAUUGAGCUGGAAGGAGUUCGUGCUCAUGGCCUAUCGAAGUUACGGAUCAAACUCUUCAAGGCAGAGCUAAACUCGAUGACAGUCCGAGUUGAAGUUCAAAUGGGCGAGAUGUUGAUUGAUGGAAACUACACGUUGAGUGCGUUUGUGUCUGGAUCGAGUGGUCCGUUCAAGGUUAUCCUAAGUGAUAUAACUUCGGUUGGAAAUGUGACUCUGGCCAUCGAUCGGGAAGGUGCUUUACAAACGAAGGAUGUAGAUUUUGACUUCAAAUUCAGUGAUAUGACAGUGGAUUUCGAAAAUCUGGGAUUCAUGGGAAGAUUGUUUCAGCGGGUGGUCAAUGCUGCUUCCGAUAUAAUUAUCGAGUCAAUCAAACCAUACAUGCUGAGGGAAGUCCACGCAAAGAUCCAAUCGGAAAUAGAUGGUCGAAUUGCACUGAUCAGCGAAACUAAGGGGAUAGUUUUUCCGAAUUCAAUUUCGCCACUGGACAUGUUCAUUGGAGAAGCAAGAAUAUUGCUCAGAAAGAACCGAUUGGAUCCAUUUUUGGUACCGGAUUAUAACAAUUCUUUAAGUUUGGUGCAGGUUAGGUUAUCAAACACGUGGCUACGGGGCCUGACCAGUUUCUAUCGGGUGGGUGACGUUUCCGUUGCUGUCUCCAACCACAGUGCAACGAUUGGAUUGGAAGUAUCCACUGGACGAUUGGAGGGAUCAGCUCAGUGGGAAAUUUCCUUGAUGACCGGCUUCCUGUCCAGAGCUGGAAUCUUUCAAUUCACCAUCGAUUACUUCCGGACUGCAAUUGAGGUCCAACAACCGCUCGAUCUUCGCCAGACUCCAGUUCUGAACGAUCUUCAGUUGGACAUGGGAAACGUUCAGAUCUACAGUCACGGAGCCGGUUCCUUGGACUAUUUGCUGGAGGCAGCCGGUAAUAUUCUACCGAAUUUGAUCCGGUCCCAAGUAAUGGACGCUAUCGAGAUUCCCCUCAGGGGUCGCAUCCGUGAAAAGCUGAGCUGUAUGAACGUGGAACAGUUUGUGAAGGAUCAUGUGGCCCGGUUUGAACGACAAGGAACGGCUAUGGCGAUAGACUGGAGGUUGUGUGAAAGGAAGAUUCCUGAUGUGGUGUUGUGAAUUUAUUUCAAAAAAAAAAACAAAGCUAAAAUUUUCUAUAAUUUAGAUAUUUUUCUAUAAAUUUAGCAGGACGAUAAUUUUUGGAUUCAAAAACAUGUUUGUAUUCAUUUUCAGCUUAAAAUUGAUUUUAUGAAAUGAAUUUUUAGAAGAACUUAUUGUCAAUUGCAUGAAUUUUUAGACUAUUGAGAGAAUCUGAUUUGACAGAUAACAAUUCCGCACUCACUAACACCAUCACAUUCUUUAUAUAAACUAUCAUGUGCUAAAAGUUGAAAAGGGAUUAUAUGAAAAAAGGACCAACAUCAGAGUUCAGUUAAUCAAAUUAUUUCUACCAAAAAAUCAACUUUCAUACGCACCGUUGCCGUCUUCAACAAACUGCGCAGAUUGCACCUAUUUAGACCCCCGUGCAAAUAAUUUGCGCGCA